UGCUGCCGUGCGCGCAGCCGGGUGCGCGCCUGCGCAGUUGCGGCGGGUGCCGAGGGUAAUCGCGGGGCGCCCAGAUUGUUCGUUGGUUUACAGUUAAAAUCAAAUUGUCCGCCGCGCCCCAACUGGCAGCGGCCGAGUCGCCAUGUGGAUAUUCGGGUACGGCUCGCUGAUCUGGAAAGUAGACUUCCCGUACCAGGAGAAGUUAGUGGGGUACAUUCGGGGCUACAACCGCCGCUUCUGGCAGGGCAGCACCGACCAUCGGGGCAUGCCGGGCAAGCCUGGAAGAGUUGUCACACUUGUUGAAGAUCCUGAGGGUCUUGUUUGGGGUGUGGCGUAUAAACUACCAGACGGAAAGGAGGAAGAAGUAAAGAAAUAUCUUGACUUACGAGAAAAAAAUGGUUAUAGGACUACUACUGUCACAUUUUAUCCUAAGGAUACUUCAAUUGGUCCUUUUCCUGUGAUGCAAUAUAUAGGAACAUGCGAUAAUCCCAAUUACCUGGGCCCAGCACCCUUAGAAGACAUGGCUCUGCAAAUUUUGAAUGCCGUUGGACAAAGUGGAAGGAACACAGAAUAUCUAUUUAAACUUGCUGACUCCUUACGAAGUCUUGUUCCUGAAGAUACUGAUGAACACCUUUUUUCAUUGGAGAAGAUGGUCAAGGAGCUUGUAGCAGGCAAUGAGAAGUGUAACUGUGUAAACAAUUGAUAGAACAUAGAUAGGGGGGAAAAUGGUUUUCACUUUAGCUUCUUACUCGGUUUUUAUUUCUGCUAUAUUUUAUUCCUGGUGAUCAGCCACAUAAACACAGACUAUAUUUAAUGCAGUGAUAUCUAAAAAAUGAACUCCAAAUUGCCCUACCAAAAGUGGGUGCUCUCAUUGUUCAACUAUGGUCAACUUGGCUUGGCAAAAGAAAAGUCCUAUUUACUCUAGAGACUAUACCAGAUUUAUUGUAUAAUUAAAUACAAGAACAUUUGCACUGGAUACCUUGAUAUUUGUCAACAUUUACUAUAAAACCAUUGAUUGAAUCAGAGAUACUGUAAGUUACAUUUUAACUUGAAAUGGUUAUAUCCGGUAAAAUUACAUUUAUAUGGAUACUGUCAUCCAUUAUUGUUGCUGUAAUCAGCAGACAUUCAGGGAUUGUAAGUGUAUAUUGUGAUGCAAAAUGCAUCCCAAAUAUUGAUCUGUUUAUGUACAAUAUUUGAUCAUGAGUUUUCCUAUUGUAUAUCAAAUUUGUUGUUAACAGAAUCUAGAUAGUUUCUGUGAGAUGAUAGAGUUAAUACCUCCAAUUCAGUAACCUUCCAUCUGAACCAGGAAAUGCCAAAGAUAUCUUUAAGUGAGUGCAAGAGCAGGAAAGUAGGGGAAGGCAGGAAAUAACAAAAGGGAAGGUUGAUUAUAGGGUGGAGACUAGGAGUGAGCAAAUGACAAAGGAAUGAUGAUACAAGGCAGGAGAGCCAAGAAAUAGUUGAUGCGACCAGCGGAGUUGUGAGAAAUAUCCUAACCAAUAUCAUCGCCCUAUAGUCUGAAAAGAUAGUGGUAGUUAUGAUCUAAAAUUGCUGAACAGUAUGUUGAGUAAGUUACCUUCAUAAUCACUGCUGCCAUUCAUUUUGGAAUAUAUAUAUAUGCUAUUAAUAGUUGCGCUGUUGCGCGCACACACACAUUGUACAUAUGUAGUUUGUGAACAAAUUCUCCCCCUCCAUUUGAGGGCAUUAAAAUCCAACUCAUUUAUUAAUUACUGCCAAAUAAAUAUAUAUACUUGGGAAAGGUGACGUUGCAAACUAAGUUACAUACAGAAUGUAAACCUCUAGGUAUACAUUUUUAGGUAUUUCAAAGCUAAAAGGA